AUGGCUGUGGACGGGGAGAAGACCGCGGCCGGGGAGGCCUCCGAGGCCACACCGUUGCUGCAAAAGGCGGCACUCUUCGUGUCUCCGCAGGCAUGUCAACAACAUCAACUACUGCUCCGAUGUUUCUCGAACUUGAAACAGAGAACCUCUAAAACGGCAGGUCUAUUUAAGACGGAGUAUGACCACGAAAUCAAUUCUGAAGUAGACCCGAUAGCUCGACAGUCGAUGAUGGAGGAACGUCGAUGGUCAAUCUAUGUCUCACGCGCUGUCCAUCGAUUUUCCGUUUGGUGGGCUCUUUUACCAGCAGAUCCGGAAAUACCAGGUAUUGAAUCGGAGAAGCCGUAUGGGCACCACGGCGGAUGGAUCUGGACAAGGGAUCAGUUACCUCCAUUAGAUGUUCUGAUGGUUUUACAUGCUUUGAUACUACAUCAUAAAUCCUUCGGAGAGGAUUGUUUACGACAUAAGAAGAUGGCACAAUGGAACGAAGGGUUCCCCCUCCAGCUAGCCUCUCAAUGUAUCGACACAGAUAGCCUCAAAUAUUUGUGUCCCGAGUCCUGUAAACUAAACUUCGAAAGCAUGACAAAGUUGGCCUGGGACAAUCCUGAUGACGCCGAGAGUGUGUCUAUUGGGUGCCCCCGAUGUCAGGACCAAAAUGUUGUGCCGUGGACGACGCGGCGCAGAAAAGGCCUUGCAGAUGAUUCGUAUCAAGUCUGCCAAUCGUGCAAGUAUGUCCUGGGAAAAACCGCUUUUAUUGUCCGAAAGCUUCGUCAGGAUUUGCAUCUACUGCUGGAUAAAGGCAUUCCAUUGCCAGGGACAUGCUGGAGCGUGGAGGAUGGUCACGGCACUUUGGCUCCAAACAAGGCGCCAAAUGAGUUCGUUAAACGUUAUCUCAUGGACACGCUUCUGGAAGAGACGCGCCCGACGAAUCUUUUCCCAGAUAUAACUCAAAUACUCGAAUUACUCGGCCAGACAGUUGUGAAGCAAGCUCUGCCUAUCGUGCAUGAUAUCUUUGAGCACUAUCUAUACGUGGAAAAUUCUUCCUGUGAUCUGAGCGCGGCGGUUAGAAGGAUGUUGAAGUCGGCAACAGCAGCGCAGGAUAUUAUUCUGUCGGAGACCGAAUUCCACUCGCCACAAAUGCAGACCCAAUACGUUGAUUAUUUGCGAGGCCAAGGCAAGGGAUUCUGGUCACGAAGUCCUGAUCUUUCCGAAAUAAACUUGAUGGAUCCUAUCAUGUGGGUAUGGAGCACACAUUUGCUGACGCCGCAUUCAUACUAUGAGUUCUUCCGGCGUGUGGGCAAUGGUCUGCCAGUGGAUUGGCAGCCACCUCAUUCUCCGAAGUGCAGGUUAUGUCAUACGAUGCGCCCGCCUUCAUUUGCUCGUCGAUUCUUCCAAGGACUUGUUUCCCUAUCAGCGUGGAAGGAGUUCAUGGAGGCCGCCGCGUAG